AUGGCAGAAGACAGCAUAAACAGCUGCUACGAGGGGCUUUUGGACCUCAAGUGCAUCUUCCCCUCCUGGAGCGACUUACAGAACAACUUUUACUUUCACUGGAAGCAGAUUUUGGACUAUUCGACAAACUCUGGAGACGAGAAGGACGAGGUGAUUGAGUUUUACUCGCAGCUUUUGGCUCCAGUCAUCGGCUCCAAGGACAAGGGCAUAGAGUCAAAGGCCGCUCUCGAGCUCGUACGCCAACUGGACGAUUAUCGCAGGAAAAACGACAAGGAGUUUGAGCCAUACGUGCUGGAAGAAGUGCUGAAUCGAGACACGUCCUCGAUAAAACCUCCUCAGAAGGCGGUCAAGACUCCAGCCGUCAAGAAGAAGGUUCCAGCGACUCCAAAGCCCAUAAUCGUCGAGGACGGACCUACUCACGUAUACGGAACCCGCAAAAGGUCAAAGAUGAUGCUAAAUAGCGAAUCCGCUGGAAUGGGAGAACACCUCAAGAGGGGAUUUUACUCCGACUACAUUUGGGACUUUAUGAUGGCUGAAAAGGUGAGGUAUGCCCACACAUUGUCAUGCUGUUGCAGGAAGAUGCUGAAGACUAGAGUAUUUUAA